AUGCGGCCGAAUGGUGCCUUGAUACGUGACGUCAACGCCCUGCAGUUUCUUCCCCCCCUUUCUCCUGCGUCGCUUCCUUCGCCGCCAUUUUGUCUACGCCACCUGGGUUCAAACCGGCGCAGAGAAGCGUCUGUGCGCGGGGAGAGACGAAGCAUCGAGGGCCUGGGGCACCGGAGAACAACCAGGGACAAGAUUCACGCUCAGACCCGGGGAAAUGCUGCGCUGCGCGGGGGGAGUGGGGGCCGGGACACAUGGGGCUCUGUGGCCGCUCACUCAGACCUCACACUCGGAUCUAUCUUCUGCCUUUCCCUCUCUACACUGGACCGGGGCUGGUGCUUGGUUUAUGGCGUUUCGGUGCGUGGGCAGAUGUUUGGACUCACAGAUGCAGGUUUGGAGAACAAAGAUUCCAAUGGCCAAUAG